AUGCUAUUCGAUAUCUCCAAACUAUUCUUAACAUUCCUGAGCCUCAUUGGCCUGAUUACUAUUGUUAGUGCCACGAACACUGCGAAGCUUAACCUUUAAACUACUGAAAUUUUGACAAAGAACUCUAGGUCUCUUCUCAUCCAAACUCACAUCCAAUCACCCUGAACAUCACAGAAAUCAUUGAGAGACGUGAGUUGAAUCCCAGAAACAAGGCAUGAAUCACCACAAUCCGAGGCGGUAUACCAGUCAUAUCCUAACAUAGCUUCCAGGGCGUCAUGCACUGCUGCUGGCAAAUCGGUCAAGGCUGGGACGUAGGCGGCGCCGAUAACGUAGCCAUAGCAGCCAACAACUUAAAGGCACUUGGAGGGAAAGUCGGUGUCUACGGCUACAAAUGUGAGCAAAUCUCCUGCCAUGACGAUACAGAAAUUGUUCUUUGCAACGAUGUAAGAUACCUUGUCUCAUCUCAUCUACUAGGUUGCUAACGGGUCGAUGAAGAACGCCUAUUAUAUCAACCCCGAUGCCCCAUACCUCGCGUCUUACGCGGAGGAUAUCUUGAGGGACUGCUAUUUGUAUCAGUGGUUUGGCGAUCAUAGAGAGUGGUUCAGUUGUGGUCAGUAUUUUGAUACGGAUCAUUAUAAUGUUAUUGUUAGACGGCCGCAGAAUCAAUAUGGUAGGUGCUUGUAG